CAACUGUACACUGUCUGCAUAAUAGUUCAAAGUGUCUUGUGUCCUAACCACUAAAACUGCGCUGGUGCCCCAACACCUGGUACAAUGUCGGAGUCGGCGGAGGAACCGCAGCAGCAGCCAGACAUGGCGGAGCUGGCGACGGACGAGCGAGUGCAGCAGCCCGAAGAGGCAAAGCCACCAGCUGAACGUGAGGAGCAGGUAGCGGCAAGUGCAUCUGGAAGGGAGCCCGAAGGAGCAGCGGAGGCAGCAGCGGCUGAGCCCGAGCUGGCAGGGGAGUUGGCGCCCCCAGUCGAGGACGGGCCCACGGAGGACGCGGCCCCCUCGGCCGAGCAAACGGCUGAGCAGCCGGAGCAGCAGCAACCCGCCAUAUCGAGGGGUUCGGCUCGCUGGGACUCAGGGCUCGGCGCCAGCUCGCGCGAGCAUGUCCAGGACGCGAAUGCGGAUUUUGUGCGGGUACCCAGCGUCGCGUCGUCCGCACACGGAACAGAACAAGCUCCGAUGUAUCAAGAAAAUACAUCAGCAAAGGACGAUGCAGCUCAAGCAGGCGACCCCGCUCUGGCAGGCCAUCACUCGCGCAACCUCAUCAUGGACACGCUCACAGCGCUGCGCGCUGCCACGGAGGAUGACGUUGUGGCGCAGGUGCCCCGCUACGCGGCGCCCUCCAUAGCAUCCUCGCUACCCUCAUACCGUAACGGGGAACAGGAGUUUAUCUUCCGAACGUUCGCGGUGGGCAACUACGAUAUGCUGCGCCACCUGCCCGCCACCAUCCGGGAGCAGCAGGUGCACGUGACCCGCACCGCGCGGCAAGACGCCACGCGCACCUUCCUGCUGCCGGGCCUGCUGGGCACGCAGCUACGGCACCGCAACAACCCCGAGAACCAGCAGGGCCUGUUCAGCACGUUCGAGUACAUCCCAUCCAAGUACUCAUUGGCCGCGGACAUCGCCGCCAAGGAGCGGGUGGCGGCGGAGGCCACGCGGCUGGCGGUGGGCAAGGGCAAGGAGUUCGCGCCCGCCAUCGCUCCCCGCAUGCACAAGAACGAGGACUUUGUGCCCGGGCGCGGCUACAUCUACCUGUCUGGGCCGGAGGAGGACACAGAGGACAUGCAGCUGUCGCAGAGGUCGCAUCACGCCGCCGCACACGUGAACCCGUCCUUCGUGCCUGCGGGCGGCCAGAAGCUUGGUGCCGAGGUGCCCACGCGGCUCAUGGCCACGACCAUGAUGAAGAGGCUCAAGCGCACGCUGGAGGCGGACUGGGAGGGCGCGGUGAUCAGCAUCUUCGAGAACGAGCAUGACUGCUGGGUGGUGUGCUUCCAGGAGGCCUCUGUGGACUCGUUGGAGGGCCUGGCCGCCUACAUGAACGUGUUCAUCCGCUCCAACCCCCUGGCCACAGAGUUCAAACUCAACAGGGUGGUGGAGUUCUGGGGCAACACGCCCGGCGACGGCUGCGCCUACUACGUGGUGCGGCCGCCCUGGGUGGCGAACGACCGCCUGCAGACCUUCUUCACGCUGCACCCGGAGGAGAAGGACUACCGCACCAGCUUCCCCGUGGUGCUGUUCGAGCAGCAGCGCGCGGCGCGGAACAAGGACACGUCGGACGCCACGGAGCAGCAGCAGCAGCAGCAGGCGGACGCGGCGGCGGAGGCGGAGCGGCGCCUGGCGGGCCAGUUGUCCAUCAAGUCGCUGCAGUCGCUGCCCUCGGGCGGUGCGGCCGGCUCCUCGGCACUGCCCUCCGCGCGCUCGGUGGCGGGGCGGUGAGGAGGGCGAGGGCAGCGAGAACGGAAUGGUGUGUGCGGGGAAGGGGCGGAUGAGGCGGUGGCAAGGUUGUAGCGUUGCGUGGGCGGGUUUGGGGGCAUUUCAGCAUUCUCGGAAAGAAGCAUAUGACACUGAAGGGGAUGGUGGGUGGCGAGCGGCAAGGCACUGCAGGGAAGCACUUUUGGGGAUUGGGCAUGGGGGGUAGCGUAGAUGGCUGUCAAGACUGCAGCCACAACGCUUCAAGCGUGUAACUGCGUGUGCAUUUGGAGGAGGACCGAGUUGUGUGCUGAAAUUGUGUGGUAAGGGCUCACGACGAGUCAGCUGUGUGGUGGGUGUGGGUGCGUGCAGGACCAUGCUGCAAGACUACGGUACACGCAGUGCGCGGUGCCGUAGAUAGGGAUCUGGAAGUGGCGGCCGUGACGCGGAAGCUGCAGACGCGUUGGUGGUGAUGAUGAAGGUGCAGGGGCAGGGUGCGCAGGCAACAGGCUGGGCGUGUGGGUUGGGUGGUGGCGGGGCGUGCGUAGGAGCCGCGGAGACGGCUGAACUGAGACCGAGGGUGUCCUCCACCGCGUUCGGGUUUGCUCUGUGUCGACACGCAGCACGUGACCGAGCAGGACUGCAUGUCGUGACCUGCAAGGCUGCAACAUCGUGUUGGCCAAGCCGAGUACUGUAUGCUAUGCGUGUCGGGGCGCGUGAUGUGGCUUGCUUCGUGAUGGGGCUGAAGCGUUUCUGCGGCUGCUACAGCCACGCCUCGGCCCCGAUUGCUCCGCUUCACUCGAUUUUGCGCGACACAGCCACUUCAAUUAUUGAGAAUGCGCGCGGCUGGCAAAGCGAUGACGAUGUACCAGUUCCUGAGCCCCCGGUUCC